GCUAUCAUAAUCAGCACCAGUACAAUGGUUACCAACCUUUAGUGAAUCAACAACCAAUGAUGAUGCCCAAUAUGCCAAUGCAUCCCCACUUCUUUAACAACCUCAAUAUGCCUCAACAGAAGCAACAGUUUCAUCAGUUUGGUUUGCCCAACCAUAUCAACCAGUUACUUCCAAACUUAUUGUGGAAUCUUCUAGGUCACUCACUCCCUCUUUUAGUUCAUCCCACUUUCUUCCAGCCUCCUCCUCUUGACCCUUCUGCUUUCACUUCUCAGCCACAGUUUAACUCCCUUCCAUAUCCUCCUGUUCCACCUCCACAUCAUACUCACCAAAUCCAUCCUCCAGGUUUCUCAGAGCCAAGGCCACAGAGAUCUCAGUUGCAUCAAGCAGAUAACGCAAAGAAAAAGUUUGGGUUCAAUAAGGAUCAUAUGGGCAAAGGGAACAAUAAGAAGAUUUCAACCGGCCUCGAUGGAUCUGAUGCUGAUAACAUAGAUAAGGAAAAGAAAAGGAGAAGACCAUAUGUUUGGACUUAUACUCCAAAAGAAAUUCAGCAAUGGCGUGUUGCUCGGCGUAAGAAUUAUCCAACUAAACUCAAUUUUGAAAAGAAUGUAAAGGAAAAUGUUUCAGACUGCUACCUUGACAAGGAAGCAAAAAUGCGUCGUCUGGAUGGCAAGAAGGGAAGAUUCCAGAAUAAGAGAAGCCGUGGUGGAAAAGACAGGUUUAGUAAAAAACCAAAGUUUCUGAUUGAUAAAUUGUAAGUUUUUAAGUUCAAAUUUAUGAGAAGUCUUGGAGAUCAAUCUAUGUGUGCUACUUUUUUGAGGGUUUGUAGUCAGGAGAAAAUAAUCAGACGAGUUCUGAAAUACAUGAAUCAUUAGGGAGUAAACUAUAGCUUUGUUUAUAAUAGAGAACCUUAGUUUAAAAUCUA